AUGCUGUCAAAAUCGCAAGAAGCAUGGGUCCAAUACUCUGCUUACCUGACCACACUCGCCAGUUUAAAGACGAAUAUUUGGGAUGUCAAGAAUGACGUGGAUCGAGCGCGACAAGUUCUCCUCAAGUUCAAUACUCGCAUCCUGGAGACAAGAGCCGCGUCGAAUGUCGUCACUACCACACAAGACAGCGGUAAAUUUCUCGUGACAGAUGAUUGGCAGCCCUUGGGUUUGGGCUGGGUGCCUAUAGGCAAGGUUUGCAAGGAAUGGAACAUUGAAAAGCUUGAAGGUGCUGACCAGGAGAUUGCCGAUUUUCACUUGAGUGUCUAUAAAGAGCUCAUCACGAAUGCUGUUCAGGAAUGUCUAAAGCCAUCAGUUGCAGUGAUUGACAGCUUGGAGGAUAGUAUACAAAGAUGGAAUAGCCGACUGCCUGUGGUACCCAAGAAUCUUGAAGGCGAGGAGAGGCGUGCUGUACCAGUCAAAGAAGUAGUCAAUUCAGGAAACAGCAACCUCGCCAAGGAUGGGCAGAAGUCUCAAUUUUGGGGCAAGAAGACCUCUCAUGCUUUGACGUACACGAACGCAUUCGGAGAGUCAGCAGAAAGUGACUGGAGCCCUCUCUGCAAGGCUCCCACUAAAUGCUCGAAGAUCAAAGUCAAACUGCACCCAGUUUUGUUUGAGGGCGAUCCAACCCAGGGCUUGCCUUCCAUCAGAAAUGCUGGAGGAGAGGUUGUUGAGCGUCAGCGAGGGAUCAGACGUUGUGUUUAUGUCCGUAUUGAGGAUGAUCACGAGCCCAAAGUCUUGCGCCCACCUGCUGACCUGGGGGAAGGUGAAACAGAGUGUAUUCACGAUUUGAUUGAUACAAAGGAGGCCGACGGUCUGCGUCUUUAG